UUCUAUUUGGUGUCCCAUUGCCGGACAUAGUCAUUCACUUCGACACAUUCUUUCUCUCGACAUACUUCCGUUCCUCGGGCUUCGCGCCUUUACACCUGUGAAACGAUAUACAGAUGCACUCAUAACAGUCUUUACUAUUUCCUAGUCGUCGUCAAUCACCCUUCCCCCAAGGGUAUCUGCACUGCGCUUCGCGCCUACUCGUCGUCAUCAUUUUCUUUUCGUUUGUCACCAUAUCCUCUCUUCCCGGUAUUUAUAUGAAACUGUGACUCAACAAGCCGGUUGUUUUCUUGUCUUCUUUCUACUCUAUUCUCCUUCAUCUUUCUACUUCUAUUCUCGGUGGUCGAGAUCUGCUUGGCAUUUGACCAUCUUGGUUGUCUGGUCGUUUGAAUUAUUCUUGCAUUCGUCUUGCGAUAACCGCCAUCGACUGCUAUAAACCACUGGAACGAACAUCUCUGGGAGAACAUCGUCUAGUCCGAGUAUAUAUCAGAUAUGGAGUGCCUAAAGAACAGCUUUGUGGAGGGUCAGCUCCUUGAUGGGCGCUUCCGAACAGUCGCCCCUCUGAACCACGGUUCGUUUGGCAUGGUCUUCCUUGCUAUCGACACCAAGACCGGCCAGGACGUUGCUAUCAAGUGCCUGACCAAGGGUGGUGCCUCGCCGUACGAUGCUCGUUUCGAAGAGCUCGACUGCCACCGACGUCUUGCUCACCACCCCAACAUCGUCAACCUCAUCCAUUCGUUUGAGACAGAUGCUCACAUGUACAUCGUUUUGGAGUACUGUUCCAACGGCGAUCUGUAUGAGGCUAUCAGGCUCAACCGUGGCCCCUUGGAGACGGAGCACGUGCGUGAUUUCAUGUUGCAGCUGGUCAGCGCUGUCGAGUUCAUGCACGCCAAUGGCAUGUACCAUCGUGAUAUCAAGCCAGAGAACAUCUUCUUGAUGCAGGAUGGAUCCAUGAAGCUGGGUGACUUGGGUUUGGCGACCCGGGAUACCUGGAGUCAUGAGGCAUGUGUUGGAAGUGACCGCUACAUGGCUCCGGAGCAGUAUGACCCUUCAACCACUGGCUACUCUCCCGCCAAAGCCGAUAUCUGGGCGAUUGGUAUUUGCCUACUCAACGUUCUCUUCGCGCGGAACCCAUUCGCUACCCCGACCGAAUCCGAUAUCCUUUUCGCGGACUAUGUCCGCGACCGCCAAUCACUCUUCGACAUCUUCCCCAACAUGUCCCAGGAUACCUUUGAGAUCCUGAGAUUUGCUUUGGCUAUCGACCCCGAGAAGCGCUCCCUUUCUGGUAUUCGUGAUUCCAUCAUGCGGACUGUUUCCUUCACUACCGAUGACGAAGCAUUGGAUGAGUUCUGCACCGAUGACCGCGAGGUCGUUCCCGCAAGUGCCAACCGCGAGCCUCUCCGGACGCCUUCCAUCCAGAGCCCGCACAUCAACCAGGGCGAUUCGUUCCCAUGGGCCAAAGCCCUCCAGGCCAGCCCCCCUCAGCAGAUCCGGCAGCUGUCGGCUAUUCCCGACAACGAGAGUUACUCGGAGGAUCUCUUCCCUCCUUCGGAGAUUGCUGGCACAUCGUGGUUCUCCGUUCACCAGGGCACUCCCUCCAUGGCAUCUGUUCUGGAGUCUGCUCUUGGCGAUUCGUUCCGGCCAUCUGCUUUCCGCAAGGGUGAGCUGCGUUUCCCCCCACCAUCGGAUCCGGUGCCCAUCACCGGUUCUCUUCCCAGUCAUACCACCAAGCCUUUGCCUUCUCUUUCUAUGGUCUUUGGUAAGAAGAAGGACGAGCAGAUCUCCAAGAGCUGGAGUGAUCUGUGGGACGAGGAGGAGGAGUCUGAGACUGAAGACCUGGCUUUCCAGCAGCGGCGCGAGCAGAACUCUCGUAGCUGGAGCCACGAAAGCAGCAGCCCUGUCGAAGGCAACGGUCCUGAACUCUGUGGCCCGCUGACAGGCCUUCGGGAUUCUGUGACUCCUUCUAUGCUUAACGUUCGCGCUCAGCAACCCAAGCCUUCGGUACCAUCAGAGGAGACCUCUGGGAAGUCAUGGAAUAUUCCCAUGGCCCCCACUGGCCUCAAGACUCCCCCUCGCACUCCGGACAGUCCCCCGAAGAACUCCAACAAUGACAAGUGGGCUGCCCUGGGUGACCGGAGGAGGAACUACAAGUCUCCCGAGGCUUCACUCGGACGCAAGAAGUUCCCUCUCAACAUGAGUUGGAGGAAGGACUGGGGCUUGGGAUCUUCUGGCUUCGACUACGGCUCUUGGGCUGCCAAGAAAGAGGCCUCAUCCUUCCAAGAUCGCCGCCGACGCCCCUUCCAGGAGAAGGGACGGCGUCGCGAUGCCUGGGAAUCACCGAAGUCUGCCAACGUGAAGGUUCCCCAUGACUACGAUGGCAGUAUCGAUGAGGAUCUCGACCUUGUCGGUGGCUGGCAUGACCUCCAUCUUUAAGAACCAUGCCUCCUGCCUUCGUUCCCGCUCUGCUCUAAUCCGAUUCCUGUUCGUUGUACCGACCAAAUUACCCUGACAAGAGUGGCAAAUUCCAAACAACUUUAUCUACCGACAACCAAACUUCUCCGGCUUGUUUUCUUCUCUUUUUUCUACUUUUUGAUUGAUUUUUGAAGCGUGUCUCUCCACUCGGCUUAG